AUGCUUGCUGACAUGAUUGCCGAAGAAGAGUUCGAGAUUAAAGAGGAAGAACCGUGGUAUGAUCUCCAAGAUCUAGAACAUGAUCUUCAUUUGGCUGCAGAGCUCGGUAAAAAUCUUCUAGAGAAGAACAAUGAACUGGAACAAAGUCUCCAGCAGAUGUAUGCCACCAAUCAUGAGCAGUUACAGGAAAUGCAGUAUUUAUCCAAGCAGAUGGACCUGCUCAGAUCAAUCAAUGAUCAGCACAUUAAAGUCUAUGAACAGCUGGACAUGACUGCAGGAGACCUGGAAAAGCGCAAUCAAAGACUGCUUCUGGACAACCGCUUAGCCCAGUUUAAGAUUGAUAGGCUCACAGAGACCAUCGUGGGGCUGCAGUGUCAGGUGGAGGAGGUGCAGAGCGAGUUGGAUGACCUGAAGAAAGUUCAUUGUAAACGAACCACACAAAACAUACUAGAGGUACAACAGCCAGCCAGCAGCCUGGACCCUCCCUGCUGGACAGAGCAGUACCAAUCAGACAAGUGUCCGGCCUAUGAGAGCACUGCGUCUGCGAGCACUCCCUCCCUGGACGAAGAGGAGCGUAUGGGCCUUUUACACACCGUCCGCAUGCUGCAGGCCCAGUUGGAUGAAGAGCACGCCCUGAGGGUGGCUGCCGAGCAGGUGGCCGAUGCCCUGGUGCAAAAGCUGGAAGGCCGUAGGGCCCGUGUGGCUGAACUGGAGGCUGAAGUCGAGGUGCCCAAUCAGCCAUGGUGUUCUGAUGAUGAGGCAGGGAGUGAGCAAUGGCAGAUGUGUCAUGUGCCGAAGCACUGCAGCAGCGAGAAGCACCAUGGUGUCUCUCUGCUGAAUGAGGUGGCUGCUCAGUAUAGCGCCCUGCAGGAGAAGUACAACGAACUUUUGCGACGCUGCAACACUGUACUGCAGAGCCACAAAGCUGUACAAACACAGACAACCGACCAACAAAUGACCCUGCCUACAGCCAAACAUAAAUGCUCCCAAGGAGUCAGCACACAUGACAAUGCUCAGCUGCCUGAAUAUAAGGUCCUUUUUCUCAAGAUUUUCAAUUGCAUCCAAAGGGGCAAAGAGGACCUAAAGGAGAACAAGCUAAGUCUUGUUAAAUAAUUUAAUGCAUGCAUUAAAUGUCUGCACUCUCCAGGUCUCUAAGAUUUGACUUGUACAUCUGUAAAUCCUAUAACUCUCCUAGCAGAAAUCUUAAAGAAGGGUAGCUGUCCAUAGCACA